UUUCGUGGGGGUCUCGUCCCCUUCAAAAGGACACCACCAGCUCGUCGCCUACCUUCCCCAUGAUCGCUCCUCCCCCCGCUCCUCACCGCCUCCCCCUCUCGAUUUUCCCCAGAAAAUCCGACGGGAAACGGCGAGAAAGUUUAUCGCGAAAUCGGCGAGACUCGAUCACGACGCCUCCACCGCGGCGUCCGUGAUAUAGCGAGGGGAUGCUUCGCGGCUCCGCUGCAGUUGGCGCGCUGCUCCGUUAGCUCCGGUCCUCGUUCGGAUGAACUUUUUUUUUUUUUUGAAUGCUUCGUAGAUUCUUCGCCUGAUUUCUCGGUCAUCUGAUGAAAGAGGAGGAGGCGAUGGGCGAUGAAAUGGAAGGAUGGAGCGACAAGGAAUGCGAUCCUGAUUACGAGUUCGACGCGGCUCGUUUCUACGAUUUCUGCCGCUCCGAGACGCGCUCGGAGGCCGAAGCAGCCGAGCGUUGGUUUGAAUACGCCGGAACUUGUCCGCCUUCGCCCUUGGUAGUGAAACUGAGGUGGAGCGAUCACGAUCCGAGAGAAGAUGCAGAGAUGUCCUCAAGAAUGGAUGGUCAAGAUGACGUGAAUUCUGUCUCUACAGACGUGGAUCAUGACGUGGACUCGGAGGUUUCAGCACUAAAUAGCAGCGACCAAGCAGAAAAGACCCCAAAAGUCAAAAUCAAGCCACUGGUGGAGUCAUCCUCCCCUAGAAGUUCAACUUUGAUGAAGCCCACAGCCAGCUACUUGGCCAAGCAAAACCGGAGCCUAGAAGUUCGUUUUAGUAGUUUCCUGAGGUCCAACAAGUUUUCAGUCAAAAAUCAUAAAACAUCUUUGCAGAACUCACCCCUAAGUGAGAAUCGAGCUACCAAACGACAAAAGCUAGAAGCAGGCUAUUUGCAAAAGGUUGCUAAUUUGAAGCACCAAACUCCUCUACAUCACAAAUUAUCUAAAAAGGUUGGAUAUGAUAUUGACUCGGUGCUUGUUAGACGGAACUAUACAAUUCCAAAAGAAUUUUCUUUGGAAACAGCCCGUAGGGCACAAAGACACAGUUUCAGGUCUAAAAAUAGAGCAGAGUCUGGUGAACAUGCCAAAUCAAACUCGCCAGUUUUGAAGGCAUGCCAAUUGCACUGUAAAGUACCUUUAGCAACUCUCCAUAAGAAAAGCACAUUAGGGUUCCAGGAAGAAGAUGCUUCUCCUCCUCUUUCUACUUCAGAAAAUGUAAUGCCAGAAGUCAAUAGACCGACUUCUGCUGUUACUCACAGUCAGACUUGUAAUGUUGCUCCUAAAUUUGGAGCUUCAGCAAAUAAUAAGGAAACAAAAUGCCAAAGGAAAAAGCAUGACCCACCAGUGGACCUCUUUGAAAAGCUCUCCUUAAAACCUAGAUCUCAGCUGAAUUCAAAGACUCGGUCGAAAGCUCCUCUGAUCACAGGGUUUGGUUCCUCUAAGAAGGUCUUGUUUUCGAAGCCAACUACCUGAAAAAGUGAUGUUGAUCCAUCAGGAAUAUGAGGUAGACCAUGGACCAGGCUGUUCUUCACAUUAACCAAGAAUCAGUCGUUUUGGAAAAUCAAUCUGUAAGGUUUCAUCAGAUCUCACACAGUUACAUCAACAGAUGGUAGAAAGGGAUGAUACGUCAUCCACUGUCAUAAGAUGGCAGAUUCAGUGUGGGAGGGGCAAGCGGAUUGCUGGAGUUGGACAACUAGCCUGCAUUAACAGAUGAUGCCAGUCAUAUGUACCAGCUGCUGUUCGAGAUGACUGGAUCCCAUUGUGGCUCCUUUAACUCAAGGAAUGCCUACUCUUUUAGGGCGGAAGUUGUACAGUCAUUAAAGAUGCAUAUGGGUCACCACAACUGUGGCAUACACGUGAUUGCGGAUGUCAAAUGUAGGCCUUUGCUUUUCCCAGCCGCAUUUGGAAAAUCUAAGAUGCAACCGCCUUCGUGUGCCUCAGGAACGUCAACAUCAGAUCAAGAAGGCGUCCACUGAUAAUGAUCCCAAGAAGGUCACCUGGUUAUAAAGGACGUGACGAUUAAAGAUGCUCAUCUAAGGAUAAAUCUUGCGGCUCAAAUCUCUUAUCAUCGGCUGAGGAUGGCUGUGCCCAAUUACAACGGUACUUCCCCUGAUUUAAGCCUUUUUACGUUGAUGGUACAUGCCAGUCUGCGACAUUCGUAUCCUCAACAAAAACAAUUUUCAUGGCUUUGCCUUUACACACUGUGUUUUACCUUGUGGAUUGAUAAAAUUUGCAUGUAAAAGAUAGCCAGUGCCCUCUCAGUAAAUGCAAGCACGAACGGUUGGAGAUAA